AUGUGUAGUAUAUCCGAUCUGAAGUGCGAAGGUGUUGGAGCUCCUUUACAAGUAAGAAUCAUCCGCAAAUGGAAGAAUGAUAUCCGUCGAUACGAGACAUGGUACUUAGCUGUUGACAGAUUUGGAGAUGCAAUACAAAUUCUUGGACAACGUACCGGUCAAGCUUAUAUUGAAUCAGUAUUCAAAUUAUUCGAUUGCUACACGAUCUCUGAAUACAGCUGUCCAGAACUUGAUAGGCACCAGAAGGUAUUAGAGAAUGAUUUCUACAUUGAAGUUGGUCUUAUUUCAGUCAUCAAACAACUUCCAGAUACAAUGACAAUACCAAAACACUGGUUCCGGUUUGUGACAAAAUCGCAUCUCAUGGAACUUGGAGAAAAACCACCUUACUAUCCAGAUUUUAUUGGUGUUCUAUCAAAAAUCAAAGACUGCAGAAAACAAGAUGAUGAGCCAUAUGUUUUCCUCCUUCUAACAGACACAGGAACAUUGCGCCAUGGAUCAUCACCUGCCACCCAUGUAUACAUAAAUCCAGAAAUACCAGAAACAACAGCACUUCUUGAUAUGUAUGACGUAUUUCUCAUCUAUAACCAUCAGAUUUCUUGA